CCGGAAGAAUUUCACCGUUGACUGUGGUCGGAGGUUAAAGUACAGAUGUUUUGUUAAUUGUCCAUAUCUGUCAUUUACAGUUACAUUUUGUAGCUGGAAAGGUCCAUCGCACCUUCACGAAAAAUGUUUACCAAUGCACUUACUUGUUUAACACUCUUCAUCAGUGGAUUUAUCAAUGAAUCAUCUGGUAAAGAUGAAAUCUGCGAUGGAACUGGCUGUACAAGGGGCUGCAAAGAUGGCUUCUACGGGCCCCAGUGUAGAUAUCGCUGCACUGGCAAUUGUCUGAACAACCGCUGCAAUACAUCUGCAUUUGGUUCAGCAUCUUGCACAGAUGGAUGUAAAGACGGCUUCUGGGGUAACAGGUGUAUCAGUAGAUGUCCCCACUUUUGUAAGAGAUGCCAUAAUGACACUUCGUGCAGUGAAUGUGAUGGCUUCCAUUACGGACCAAACUGUACUACAAUCUGCAGAGGAACAUGUUCAGUGUCAGGUUGUAACAGUGACGGGACAUGCAGGAAGGACAAUCACACGAUGUAUCCAUGUGGCUCCAACUGCCUGCUGUGUGACGCCUCGACCGGCAGCUGCAAGAGCUGUAAAAUAACUUACGCAGGAGUGAAAUGUGAGGUCUAUUGUGGAAACUGUAACGGAACUUGUUCAGUUGAUGGCUGUAUGGAAGGAUGCUCGUCGGGAUAUCGGGGACCGUAUUGUGAAGAUACAUGUAGCAAAAGGUGUUCCGAAAAUGUCUGUGAUCAAGAGACCGGGAGUUGUUCGAAAGGGUGUCGUGAUGGAUAUACAGGGGACAUCUGUUCCAAAAUAUGCCCACAUCACUGUCUACGGAACAUCUGUCAUCAACAUUCAGGACAAUGCAAACACGGCUGUCAGAAUGGAUAUUUCGGACCUUUGUGUAAAUCUGUUUGUGAAAACUGUUUUGAUGACGCGUGCAACCGCAGCACCGGUCGGUGUGAGUACGGAUGUGUGGACGGCAACUAUGGGUUGGACUGUAACCAUGUGUGCAGUGAGCUGUGCAAAUCUGGAAGAUGCCAGAGGGAAGAUGGUGCGUGUUUAAAAGGAACGAGCGGAAAUUCUACCCCAAAACCACCCUUAGAUGCAACAGUCAGUGCCAAUGUGUAUUUGAUCCUUGCGUCAGUGGGAGUAUUCUUGCUCUGUGUUGUUGCAGCAGGGAUACUGAUGAUCAGGUUCUGCCGGUCUCCCUGUCUUAAGAGGCUGAACAGGAACAAUCCUCCACCGUCAGGUCGCUCACUUCCAGACCCGCCCCCACUACAGACCAGCAAGAACAUGUACAGUGUUAUAUACGAAGACCAAAUGGACCCGAGUGCCCAAUCUCUUAGAAGCAACACCUUAACUCCUCCUUCGCGAAACCCUGGCCUCGAUAGGUCAAACAGUUUGCCCCUGUCCAAAGUCGAUCCAGAAGAGGGUGUGUUCUCAACCUCAGGUGAGGUGCUCCAAAUGCGAUCUAUUUGUGAUACAACGCCAUCAGAAGAGCCUGAACUACACAGCCUGUGUGCGUCUCCUGACCCUGACGGUUCAACUUACGAGAGUCUCUCAAGUAGUGCACCAGGACACAAACAGACAACUGUUCCUCGUCCUUACAUCACUCCAGUCACUGAUGAUCAACCCGAACUAUCAAGCUGUCAGGAAAAGACGUCUCAAUACAGCAGUCACUGCUUAAGAUCAACCGAACCCAAGCCGUGUAUGUACUGUGUGAGGGGGUGGUUUGGCGAGGACUGUAGCCGAAAUUGUCCAUCAUGUGACAAUUCUGGUUGUGACAGAAAUACAGGCAUAUGCGUCAACUGUGCAGAUGGGUUAUACUCAGAAAGCUGUUCCUUGAAAUGCCCAGAUAACUGCAAGACGAGAAAUGACAGCCAGGUUCGCUGUGAAAGGAUUACAGGACAUUGUAUGGAAGACUGUAAAUCUGGAUGGUGGGGAGACAAGUGCAACAAGCGUUGUAGUGACAACUGUCUCCGUUCAGACUGUUUCUUCUAUGAUGGUUCGUGCGCUUGGGGCUGCAAGGAUGGUUGGACGGGAAGCAUGUGCACUGACAACUGUCCAGAAGAAUGCUCCUUGAACAAAUGCUCCCAACGUGGAAAAUGUACUAUUGGGUGUAAGAAAGGUUUCUACGGAGAAACAUGUGACAAUAAAUGCAGUGACACGUGUAGGAAUAACAACUGCUACUUUGACAACAUCAUCCAUUACACGGUAUGCCGAGAUGGAUGUAGCGAUGGGUGGAAGGCAGCUUACUGUAAUGAAUCUUGUUCUACCGGUUGUAGAAAAUGUAAUCAACAUAAUGGUGAAUGUUCCCUAUGCAUGGUUGGUCGCUGGGGUGUACAGUGUGAGAAACGCUGUUCAACCUGCAGCAACUCACUCUGUGAUAUCACUGGGGAGUGCACAGAAGGCUGUCAGAGUGGUUAUCAUGGACACAUGUGUGACCGAGUAUGUCAACCCGACUGCCUUGAGUGUCGCAAAAACGAUAGCGAGUGCCUCGUAUACAAACCUGGGAAGACGGAUGAAAGUAUUGAUACUAUUCUGGAAGAUCUGGGUGAAAACCCCAAUGAUAGAGGCGACGCUCACGUCCUGAGGAUAGCAAUACCGGUCUCCGUCGCAGUGGCAUUUGUUGUCUUCAUAAUUGUAUUCAUUGCCAUCUGCAGGUGGAGAAAACUACAUAAACGUGGGCAUGUUGAGGAACAGCGUGUUACAGAGACACUCUCGGACUCUGAGACAGAGUCGUUUGUUACCCCCGAGACACAAGUCAAACGAAAGGCAACAUCCCUGGAGAUGUUGUAGACGUCGGACGAUACAAGCUAAUGGCGUCCACUACUCUACGUAGCUCUAAUAUCAUUGGUGACGCCAUCCCAAGGAUUCCCCAUGCGGUAUCUAAAAGCACCAGUUUGUCUCUGAAAUGACGAAUAAUGUGAAGUACCACUUGCAUAAUGUUUGAAAUUCCUAAAAAAAAGUUAAGCCCACGAAAAUUAGAAAGUAUUGUUUGGGAAAAUGCAAAAUAAUUUGCUUAAAAUUAAUUAUUCACAUCACGUACCUUAUUUUAGUUUCAUACAUUAUCUUUUCCAAGAAAUAUUUUCAAAUUUCCAUAAGCGGAAUUGAUUACUCAAUCACAUCUCAAAGAAGAACUAAAAUAUAAAAAGUAGAUUUAAUCAUCUAAAGCCUCCACAGGAGAUAUAUUUGACAUCGCUAAUCUCUAUACCACUGAAGCCUGGUUACACUUACACGUUGGUUAUUGCUGUCUGCAAACUGAAAUUUUUGGAAGAAUGAUGUUGGGUGAUAAUCUUGCUGUGAAAUAUAUCAAUACUCGUCGAUAAAAAAUUAUAAACUCCUGGGCAAGCCUCGUGGUUUUAAACUUAAGUCGACUCGUGUUGAUAUCAAAGACAGAGGGGUGCGAUUCUCUAUACACCUCAUCGUAACACCUUGAACAUAUAUAUUGUUGUCGCGGGUCUUAUUUGGCACCAGUUCAGGGUUGGGGUUUGUCAUUUUGACCCACCUAGAUUUUAGAUUAUGGAAUUUCUUAAUAAAAACUUCAGUUGUAAGAAAAUGUUGGUGCAUACAUAACUUGUUGUAGCCGCUACAUAAAUUUUGGUUUCGUGACUAAUGUGCUAAUGUGUUUUGUCAAUAUCACACAUCCAAUUUCGAUGUCUGUCGGUUCAAGGGAGGCAACUCCUUUCGUGAUAAUAACCAGUAAUCACACCCAUUAACGUUCGUCAGAUGUUCAUGAUCAAUGUUGUGUGCGAUUUGUGAAAUACAUCUACUGAAUACGUGCC